AUGUAUACUAAUAAUACACAGCCAUUUCCCAUAUACUUCAUCCUGUUGGGGAUUCCUGGACUAGAAGCAUACUACUUUGAUAUCGCUUUUGUGUUCUCCAUCGUAUACGCAGUGUCGGUUCUAGGAAAUAUCACCCUUCUUCUCAUCAUCAAGAUAGAGCGAAGCCUCCAUGAGCCCAUGUAUUUGUUUUUGUCCAUGCUGUCAUCAAUUGACUUGAUGCUUACCAGCUCCACUGCACCCAAAAUGUUGGCAGUCCUCUGGUUCAGCUCAUAUGAGAUCUACUUUGAGGCCUGCCUCACUCAGAUGGUUUUCCUUCAUUCCUUUGCUAUCAUGGAAUCUGCUCUGCUCCUAGCAAUGGCGUUUGACCGGUACAUUGCUAUCUGCAACCCACUGAGAUACAGCACAAUAUUAACAAAACAUCUUAUUAUUGCCGUUGGUUUCCUGACUGUAAUCAGAGCAGCAGCAUUAAUGGUCCCAUUACCUUUUCUUAUAAAAAGAUUGACAUUUUGUUCCGCUAACGUUAUACAUCACUGUUACUGUGAACACAUGGCCGUGGUGAAACUGGCAUGUGCUGACACGACCUUUAAUAAUAUUUAUGGCAUUGUGGUGGCUCUUCUCAUUGUAGGCUUGGAUUUGAUAUUUAUAGUAUGGUCAUAUGUAGUCAUACUUCAUGCUGUCUUUCGGUUGUCCUCUAAAGAAGCGAGGCUCAAGGCUCUUGGGACAUGUGCUUCCCAUAUAUGUGCCAUCCUUGUUUUCUACGUGCCUGUAGUCCUCUCAUCAGUGGUCCACAGGUUUGGAAAAAACGUUCCCAUCCAUAUCCAUAUCUUAUUGGCUAACGCCUACCUCAUGCUACCUCCUCUGAUUAACCCAAUUGUUUAUGGAGUGAAAACAAAACAAAUUCGUAAUCGGGUUAUGAAGAUAAUGCAGCUAAAUAUCGUUUGCUUUGCAAAGACCUCCACAUUUUGA